AUACAGCACGAGCGUGCUUGACUUUGACGCAGGGUGGAGCGGGCGGUUGCAGACUAUCCUUGUGACAUGAAGGUCGUUUAUACGCGCUAAACAAACGAGGGGAUAAACAACUAAAUGCUGAACGCCUUAUUUCCGCACUUGAUAAAACGACGAUAAUAUGAAUUACAACGUUAAAAGUAAAUGAUACUGAUACUUUCAUCUGCGCAUUUUUAAUUUGACAACUUCGCCAUCAUAGCCAUUCGUGAUCGUGAACCUUCUAGAGACACUUAUUCGAGUCACGUGUUUCAAGAUGCUUUACAAAUAACAUUCGAGCUGGUGACUCAUCCAAUUAUCAUACCACUAUGAGCAACGUUUUAAAUGUACGUAAUUAACUGAUCUUGAAUGUAAUACUCGACUCUGACUGACUAGAAUUACACCCCUGUCUAACUUAUCAUAGUGAUGUAAUUACUUUUUAAACAAUCCAUCUAUAAGUAAAACAGCUCACCUAGCCUCAAAUUAUCACCGGAUAAUAAGGGUAAAAAAACUUUCGAUAAUAUUUCAUCUCAAAAUGAUGUAAUCACUUGAAAAGGGUAGAUAAACAUGUUGGGCGGGGCUCCGCUAAUCGUUACGUCAUCAACAAUCGACAAACACUGACUCAACGUGCGUGCGCUCGAAUGCAGUGGACAAGAUAUGUCCGUUUAUCGUUUACAAAUGUAAUACUUGUAUUCAAAAGAAUAGGUAUAUAAGUAACGUGUUGACAAUGAGCUUUCGAUUGUGUUUAUUUUUAUUAAGACCUAGAAUACACCGAUCUUGCGUAGGGCGAAGUCUGUCUUUACCCAAAACAUCAUGUACUGCCGGAGGUAAACACAUGCAGGUUAAGAGAACGACAUUACCUUUCCCUGCUCAUUCAUUGCUGGAGUCUGAUGUAUUAAGGAAUGGAGGCAGGCUCGGUUUCCACAGGAGCAUCACAACUUCUGUUUGUAGGACUGAAGCCAUUGGACACGUGCAGUCCACACACUAUCACCUGGUGUACACAUGCAAAGUGUGCUCCACUCGCUCAAUGAAGAAAAUAUCGAAGUUGGCCUAUCACAAGGGUGUUGUCAUAGUAACGUGUCCAGGAUGUAACAACCAUCAUGUCAUUGCUGAUAAUCUGAAGUGGUUUUCUGACUUGGAGGGAAAGAGAAACAUAGAAGAAAUCCUGGCAGCUAAAGGGGAAACCGUGAAAAGGGUUCAGGGGAAUGAAGCUCUAGAGAUUGUCACUGAGGAAUCAACAAAAGAAGCCGCGAACAGUCCAGAUGAACAAAAGCCAAAACAUCUGAGUGACGGCUCAGACAAAACAUGAGCAGUCUGAAAUCACUGAAUAUUUAUAGACUUUUUAAAACUACUAUUUGUUAAGAGUUAUUACGUGUAUCAUUUGCUUAUUGUUUUUUAAAGAACCCAAAUAAACAAAAAGCUUAAGG